CUAUGUCCGUGUGUAAUUUUCAUUUUCUGGUAUCUGGUGAUUCGGGUUUGAUUCUUGGGUCAAUUCUCACUUCUCAGUUGAAUUCACAUCUAUUUCUUUUCUCACGCCGAUCUGAGAAUUGUCGUUCGGCAUAAUGUUUAGUCAAUUAGCCAGGCAAGUCGCCCGAGCAGCUACCACCCGACAACCCUCAGGCGUGGCAGCUAUUGCUGUACGAGCUGCUCAUCAUGGAGCGGAUGAUAAAAUGGCAGACCCUAACUACAUCCCAGUGAGUCUCACCGACCCCUACAAACUGUCACCGGGCACUUUCCCACCAAAGCACAUCGCUGACCAGGAUGAUUUACCACAAGUUGGAGGCAGUUGGCAGGAAUACAUCGAUGAACGAAAUGCUGGGUGGAACAAACAAUUGGCAAUUUCUGCUGUUCUCUUCGUGACUAUUGCUGUUACCAUCCAGCAGACAGUAUUCUUCAAUGCCUUCGCACCUGAGUUGCCGGAAGAAAUGAAGAACUACCACCCAUGGAAGGACAGGAAAGAAUAAUUUCUCUGUCGACACACAAUCAUUCAGUAGUGAUCAAACAACUUUAUGUUCCCAAUAGCCAGUUAAUUAUGUCAAGGAGAACAGAAUUUGCAAUUUCUUUCUGUAAGUUACUGUAAGCUUAUUUUCUUUCCCUGUUUGAUCAGUUUCCUUUUUUUCUUGUACAUCAUCUAUGUAUUGAAAAGUCUUAAAAGUCUUUUUUAUUCUUUCGCAUUUUAAACAACGUUGAUGCCUGUGAAAAGGCAGAGUCAAUAUUGAAUUUAAAAAUGAGUCUUUAUUUGUUGGAAAUAAAUUUUGUCUAUGU